UCAGGACCAGUAACUACAGCUAUAGUGCACAACAUGUCUCUUGAGACAGCACACGUUAAGGAGGCAGAGGCGCUGUCUGUGAAGACGGAGUCCGGAGAGGUGUGUGUGAAGACAGAGCCCGGAGAGUUGUGUGUGAAGACGGAGCCCGGAGAGGUGUGUGUGAAGACGGAGCCGGGAGAGGUGUGUGUGAAGACGGAGCCUGAAGAGGCGUGUGUGAAGGAAGAGCGGGAGUGCGAGGACAGCGUGCUGAGAGGAGUGAACCCGUUGCAUACCGACCACGAGGUCAAGGACGAGCUGGUGCUGGGCCCCGAGGAGUGGCACCAUCCUAAAGGGUCUCAAGAUGACAUGCUCCAGUUAAACAUGGCGGCCGGAGGCGGGGCGAGCGAUGAGGGUCAGCCGCUGUUGUGUGAGUACCUGCUUCAUGUACAAGUCAGUAGUUCAAGUGGAAAUGGAAGUACAGUUUGUUCAGAUAUUGUUUACUAUGGCGCUCUAAACGCCUUCAACAUUCGCAAGACAAGACAAGACUGCGCCACACCCAGCCGGGGACAUGCCCGCUCCGGUCUAACCGGCAUACCAGGGGACGAAAUUUGUGAGGAGUGA